AUGGUUAUUGAAGGUGUAUCUUUAUACAAUGAGAAUAUCAAUCCAUAUGAUGGGGAUUUAUUUCACGAGACUCCAUUGGCUCUUGUAUUUUUCAGUCACUUGACAUCAACUUUUUCAGAUUUUUAUGUAUCAUUAGUAUUUAUUGCGUGUGAUCUCAUAACUGCCUUCGUAUUGUACUAUACGUCUAAAAUUUACACUGAAAAUUUGCUUAAACAGCAAACCAAAACAAAGCAUGUCUACAAUAAAGAAUUUAGCAAAUUAUUGAUACCAGAUGACUUCUCAGUUAUAAAUCCGUUUUAUGUUUGUUCAGUUUACAUGCUUAACCCAUAUACGGUGUUUAGCUGUAUUUCAAGAACAACAACAGUAUUCAACAACUUAUUUUUAGCACUAUGUUUAUAUUCCAUGGUAAAACGGCAUAGACUAUUAGGAUGUCUGAGCUUAGUAUUAGCAUCAUUGCCAACGUUUUACACAUUUGGUCUACUAGCCCCGUUAAUGAUAAGUUGUGUACCAAAUGACUCUAAAAAUAAGACUGGUUCAUUCAUAAUUACAUUUUUAACUUGUGGUACCAUUAGUUGCUMACUUCUGUACUUAUGCUAUACCAUUAUGAACGAAUGGACAUUCCUAGACUCUGUUUAUGGCUUUAUAUUAAAUGUACGUGAUUUAAAACCAAAUAUUGGCUUGUUUUGGUAUUUCUUUACUGAGAUGUUUGAACAUUUUCGUGCACUAUUUGUUUGUGCUUUUCAAUUAAAUGCAUCUGUUCUAUAUGUUAUUCCAUUAAGUAUACGUCUCCGCCGUGACCCAUUGUUGUUAGCCACCAGUUUGUUAGCAUUAACUGCGGUUUUUAAGUCAUAUCCAAGCAUAGGAGAUGUUGGAUUUUACCUCAGUCUUCUUCCAAUUCAUAGACAUCUAUUCUACUUUAUGCAACAAGCAUUUAUUGUAUCAUGUUUCUUUGUGGGUUGUACCGUUUUUGCUCCUACUGUGUGGCAUUUGUGGAUUUAUUCACGUUCAGCAAAUGCAAAUUUCUAUUUUGGAGUUACUCUUGCUUUUGCCACAACUCAAAUAUUCCUGAUCACUGAUUUAUUGUUUGCAUAUAUCAAGCGAGAGUUUGCACUGAAACAUGGCAUGAAACGUAUGAUCAAUGGAAAAGAAGCUCGUUUAAUGCUUGAUUAAUAUAAUUUUAUGUCAAAUAUUUAAUGAAGAAUUCUAAAAUUUUGAUUAUUUAACAACUUAGAAAAAAACAUU